AUUUCUUAUAUGCUUCCGCUCCUUGUUACCUCAUAUCUCAGUGAUUAUGCCUUGCAUUAUGCCUGGGAAGAAGAAUUUGCUCAACUUGCCAUUGGCUCGACUUAUCCCAUGGCCAUUGGCUCAACUUAUCCAAGGCAAACAUGUUGACUAAAUCAGCCCACACAGCUACAAGGAUGCACUUUCAUGCUACGUUUAUGACCUCAUAUUGAAGCUUAUAGAGACCCCAACAGAUGUGUGGAACAAUCAUUAAAUGAUCUACUUUGGUUUAGAUACCAGCAUCACGAAACCUGUAGUGUUUAAGUUUUAUAUACGUAUUAUCAGAACUAUUACAUUUGUGGUUUCUAACUAAAACAAGAGACUUUGAUUUAACUUGAGAUGAAUGAAAUUAUAACUUUACAUUCUGACCUGGACUUACAUUACCAAUCAUGCUAUAUUAAUUAUCCAAUCUGCUGGCAUGGAAUUGUGUGACACUGUAUCAUAUUGCAUCUCAUAAAGCAAAGAGUUCCAGAGAAGAAGUGCUGAUAUGAAUAAGAAUAUAUGGACAGAACUGCUACUCUUAGACUCUUUGAUUGCAAAAUUCUGAUAACUUUACCAAAAUCCCUGGCUUUUACAAUAUGGCCAAUGGAAAAUGAUGGGGACCCCUGUAAACAACUACCAAUGGAGCAAGGCUCAACUUUAGUACAUUUCGAUAGACAUGGGGUGCUGAAUGUUUCAUUGCUGAAUCAUAGAGUUCUAAUCUGGCUCACUUUCCUCUAUCAGUGACCAAGACAUCCCAUCAUAGAUCAGAGCUCGCAGGGACACGUCCUGUCAGAGCUCGCAGGAGCAGGGACACGUUCCGUCAGAGCUCGCAGGGACACGUCCCAUCAGAGCUCGCAGGAGCAGGGACACGUCCCGUCAGUCAUUAAGCAUCUCACAAGGGAGAUUCAGGUCCUGCUGAACAACUUGCAAUAGGAGAUGAAGUACAUGCAGGGGCAGCUCAAUACCAGGAUAUCAUCCCUGAGCAUCCCCACAACCCUCCCAACAGUCAGCGUCCCUGCGACCAAUGCAAUGCUCCAACACCAUCUCCAAUCCCCCCCAUGGUGGGACCAUCGUGGAAUGGUGGAGUGAAUACCACAUGUGGAGAUUUCUACUGCAAGAGAAAGGCACGAUGUCUGCACUCUGUCUGUGUUGUGCAAUCUUCCUCUGUCUCCUUUGCUGCACUCUGGCUGAGAAAGGGAGCAAGGGACUGCUGGUCCGAAAGCAGGAGGGAGACACUAUGACCAUCCACUGCAGCACCUCUCUGCCAGACCAAGAAAACCUGAGUGUGUACAUGCGCCGGACAAAAGAGAUUGAAGUCCUCUACUUUUACCAGGCAAGAGAAAAAUUAACCCUCCAUGAGAGGUUCAAACUCAGAUUGAUGACUAAUGGAAAACUGAACAAAAUGGACAUCACCAUCACAAACCUGACCAUAGAGGACUCUGGGGCCUACUGGUGUGUGUAUAGUGUUUAUAAGUCACCCAAGAAUGAGAAGACUGAGGGGGAAGGAGCUGUUUUGCUGGUGGUGAAUGAUGAGGAGUGUGACCAGAAUGAUUCGUCCUCAGUGCUAGGAAUGUCCUGGUAUCUGGUCCUGGUCUCAGCUGUCACUGCUGGCUUUGUGCUUCUCCUGAGUCUGCUCAUCCUCUUCAUCUGGGUCAUCCCCAGGUUAAAGGCAUGGCGUGCAACGAUUAGACCAACACAGGUCAGGACUAACGAUGUCUAUGAAGACAUGCGCACCACCAUCAGACAUGCGCACCCCACUCAGAUGGGUUAUUAGUGAUGUUGCACGGCAGCCAUCUUUACUUUGGGCACCACCUUCAGACAGGAUGUUACAGAUGUUGCAUGGCAGCCAUCUUUACUUUGGGCACGACCUUCAGACAGGUUGUUACUGAUGAUGCACGGCAGCCAUCUUUAAUUUGGGUCCAAAUGGAGGCUCAUGUCAGCUGACUAGGAGACAAUUGUGUCAACAUACUGCAAUACAUGAUGUCAACGAAGGACUUUGAAAGUUAUAAUCUCAGGUAGUGUUUAAUAGCAAGGGCUUGCAUCAAUGAUGUACACUUAUGUCAGUCAUUCAACCUCAAGGUAAGCUACCUAUAUACUGUAGCUACUUAAGUAAGUACACAGCAUUGUAUGUGACUGACAUCACACACUGUAAAUAGUUGUUCAUACAGAGGUUUUUUAUGGUCCUUGACCCUGACACCGCAGGUAGAAUUUGAGUCUUGUAAUUACAACCACAAAUUAUCUUGAAACUAGCACUGAUUGCUGUGCAUGGAAUUUCAAUGUCUUUAGCUGUACAUUCUAUUUUUCUUUAUAGAUUGACAAUAUCUCUUUUAACCACUUUUAAAUGUUGAAUUGAUUCUCUAUUGUAUAUAUUAUUUUACAUAUUUGAUGGGAUUGGGCCUAUGCCUAUUUUUCAGGCACCAGGCAACUUUUACUGCUAUUUUAUUGUAAUACUUUUGCAUUCUUUAGUUCCUGUACCACUCAUGUUGUUCCUGUAAUGAUAGUCUACAAAAAAAAUGAUAAAUGAGUCAUAAGACUAACAGUUCCAUUUCUGUGGUCAUUGUGGCUUCUCAUGUUUUUCACGACAGUUUUGUGAUGUUUGCAUUUUAAGAACUCACAUCAGCAGGGCUCGUCUGUCUAAAGGAAAACGACUGUAUUUUUUAUAUUUGCUGGACAGGCUGGGGUUGGUCGGUCCGGUAAUGAUGUCACCUUACAGCACUUACUGUAUGGCCCACUAGCUAGCUGGGAUCUAAUCACAGGUCUACCACUUUACUAAAUACUGUUUUUCCCUUCCAUUUACUCCUGUCUCUCUCAUUAUAUCACAAAAAUACGAAAAGGAGUGGAAUCCCACUCUCCUUAAAAAAACUGUAUUCUGAAAGCCUGGAUGACAAUCAGUCAAUAAGUCCACCUACUGACUCAUUAACACAAAUGUUAUACUGCAUUACGAUUAUACUAAUGUGUGUUAAUGCAGAAUAAUUUUCCAGUGGAGUGUCAUUCUACAACAACUUAAUAGCUGAGUUCAGGGUUUCCAAUAGAGCAGUGGUCCUCAACCCCUGGUCUGUGGACCACCACUGUUCCCUGAGAUGUUAGUGACUGGUCCCUCAGAUGGUUGCCUAACACAAAUUAAGUUUGUCCUAGUCUAUGUUAAUCAAAGCAUCCUUGGAGGAGGAUGGGGAGGGGGAGAGGCGCCAUUGCUUGCUCAGUCUCUGAGACAAAAAGGUUAAGAAUCGUUACAUCUAGAGACUUGUUACAUCUAAAGCCUUGCAAGGCAGUUUUUCCAUGAGUCAAAAGGCAAGGGCCUAAAUGUCACACUGUUUGUCACUAAAGCAUGCACAGUGGAGGUGCAUGUUGUUUUCAUUGUACACAUCACGUACGUGUGGUGAAAGUUUGGUUGAAGCUGUGACUUUCUUCUCCCGCUGUGGACGGGAGAAGUGUUGAAGUGUUUUUAUACAGUGCAGCAAGUGUACCGUGUAUGUACAGAGGUGUGUGUGUGUGUCUGUGUGAUGGUAGUGGUAUGUGUGUGUUUGUGUGCGCAUGGAGAUGGCAUAGAGACGAGACUAAGAGACUUCCUGCCUUUGUGCACGUGUGUUGGUGCAGCGGGUGGUCGAAACUGCAAGCAGAGCGAAAGUCAAGACCCCCGUUUACAGGAAUACAACAUGGGUUACGCUUGCUUACCCACACGACCAUGAUGUUGACUAACUUGAUUAAAGGUCAAUAGUCAUAACCUUCACCACAAACUGGCCAAGUAACUUUUUCACUCAGUCCCUGCUGAUGUUUACAGUGAUUUCAAUCCAUCAUAUUUCUCAGGACAUUUUCACAUACUUCAAUUUCUGAAAAAACAAACAUUCUUUAUAUUAUGUGUUACACUCACAGCCAGUCAUUUCCUGUUUAGCUGUAACAUUGCUGAUUCUGAAGUAUGGGCCUGUACGUAAAUUCAAAAGAAGUUCCAUAUGACGUCAAUCACUUUCUGACUGCACUCCUUUAAUUUGUUUGCACAUAGAGUAAGGGCUCAGAAAGUGACUUUUUCGACCUGAAUGCCAAAACAUUCAAAGUUGACCCAUUUUGCAUUCCCCACCCUACCAUGAGACAUCCAUGUCUUCAUCACUGUACUGUUGAGUUUGAUAUAAUUUGAAAGCUUACAAACAGGCUUGUCAAACUGUAAAAAAUGGGUCAACUUUGAGCACCUCUAUCCUGAAUGUUUUGGCAUUCAGGUCCAAACUGUCACUUUCUGACCACUUCCACCAUGGCCAAACAUGUAUGAAACGAUGUGUUCAAAUCCAAAGGGGUGCAGACACAAAGUGAUUAAAAUCAUAUGGACCGACCCAGAAGACAUUCUCACGAGGAAAAAACAAGAA